UUUCAAUACCUCAAAGUCCUCUCACGCUUCGUUGAAUCUCGGGUAACCGGGCUCAUGUAAACAGCCCUAAAUUAUCUAAUCGAUCUGAAUACGGACGGUGUUUCUUUGUCGUUUUUGGAAGCAUAAUAAAUUUACUAUGUUUACUCGCAUUCUCGUCUUCACUGCCUUCUCCAUGGCGUGUUUGGCGUUGGGCAAUCAUCUUGUGUUGUGCGACAAAUUUCCCGACAUUCAAAGUGAUACCAGCGAAAUCUUAUCAAUGUUGAAAAAUUUCAAAGGAUCUCGUAAUCACGUGACCAGUCCAGAACAGAAGGAAGCUGCACGCGACUACAUCAUGAAAUCUUUCAAGGAUUAUGGAUUACAUGUCUGGAUUGAGAAAGCAAUGAUUGGAAAUACGUUGCAGGCUGAGAAUAUCGUGGGUAUGAUUCGGUCAUACAGAACAGGGACAGCUAAUGAUAAGAUAGUGAUCGUGGGCGCACAUUAUGAUACUGUAGAAAACACAACAGGAGUCGACGAUAAUGGUUCUGGUGUCACUGCACUACUUCAAGUUGCCAAGAAUAUAGGCGAAGCGAAAUGUGAAGUAAACAACACUAUUCUGUUUGUUGCAUUUGAUUUCGAAGAAUGGACAGACGAGUGCAAUAUUUCUUGGCCAAUCGCCUGCGGUAGCAAGGAGUAUGUAAAAAAUAUCAGCAGUUACCUUAAAAAGACAGGAGGAACAAUUGGUGGAGCGAUCAUACUGGAGACAAUGCUCAAUCAUAAUUCUUCAGAAGGUUCACAAAAAUUUCCACCUCAAUUUGAUCAAGUGUUACCCAAGACUUAUGAUGAUGUCAAGAGUGAUUCCUUCCGUGGAAAUUUUCUGGCAGUAAUUGCACGGAAAGAAUCCGAUAGAAAAAUUUUUUCCCUAAUUACGAAGUACUUCUCAAAUGAUUCAAAUUAUCGUGCGCAGUUAAUGGCUAUUCCCAUCCAGGGGCGACCAUCUCUAUCACCGCUCUAUUUUUACUACGAGCAACUGUAUCGCAGUGACCACUACUCAUUUUGGGACACUGACGCAUCGUACAGCGCUUUGAUGUUGGGAGAUACAGCGAACUUCAGAGGUUACAUGAGGCGCUGUUAUCAUAAAGAAUGCGAUGAUCUCAGCCUUGUUAAAGACGAUGACCUUCAGUUCGCACAAAGAUCAAUGAAUGCUGUCUUUAAAACUGUUCUUGAUUUAAGUCAAGCUAGUCAAGAUUCGUGCAAACUUGUUAAAAGCUUUGGAGAACAGAGCGUGUCUAUCAACUUGUUCUUGAUGUUGUUAUCCUUGACUGGGAUUUUCCUAUUCUGACCAUCACGAAAUCGUUAAAAAACGACACUUGCGUAUAUUCAGUACGUUUUCUGUUAAUUGAUUUAUAUGAUUCUACUCGUACUUAUCUCUCAAAUUAAGAAUACCAGAAACCAUUAUAAUAUAGCUUACUCGUAAUAUGUCAUUGUACCUACGCAAUAUGUCAUUGUACCUAAACCGAGGGAAUUUGAUGAAAUUAUAUUUUAAAACUGAGUUACAUAAUAUU